AGCUGUGCUCCGUGGCUAACGGAGAGGCUAACAGGCUAACCAUCAGCGGUGGAAAUAUUAGGACGCGUUUACCAAACAGGACUCCUCGACAGCGACUUUGACACUUUGAAUCUAAUAUGGGGAAGGGCGGAGGCACAUUUGAGAGGCUCCUCGAUAAAGCCACCAGUCAGCUGCUGCUGGAGACUGACUGGGAAUCCAUUCUGCAGAUCUGUGAUCUCAUUCGACAAGGAGACACACAAGCUAAAUAUGCUAUUGGGGCCAUUAAGAAGAAGCUGAAUGACAAAAAUCCACAUGUGGCCCUGUAUGCACUGGAGGUCCUUGAGUCAGUAGUGAAGAACUGUGGCCAGACAGUCCAUGAUGAGGUGGCGAGUAAACAAACUAUGGAGGAACUGAAGGAUCUGCUCAAGAAACAGACAGAACCAAAUGUCAGAAACAAGAUCCUGUACCUGAUCCAGGCCUGGGCUCAAGCCUUCCGCAACGAACCCAAAUACAAGGUGGUUCAAGAUACUUACCAGAUUAUGAAAGUGGAAGGUCAUGUUUUUCCCGAGUUUAAGGAGAGUGAUGCAAUGUUUGCAGCUGAGAGAGCCCCUGACUGGGUUGAUGCAGAGGAGUGCCAUCGGUGCAGAGUCCAGUUCGGAGUUAUGACGAGAAAGCACCACUGUCGAGCCUGUGGUCAGAUUUUCUGUGGCAAGUGUUCGUCUAAGUACUCCACCAUUCCGAAGUUUGGCAUCGAGAAGGAAGUGCGUGUGUGUGAGCCCUGCUUUGAGCUGCUUAACAACCACCCCUCCCUCUCUCCUCCUCUUAGGAAAGCUGAAGGGAAAGCGCCGCCCUCAGGCUCUGCUGAACUGCCUCCUGAGUACCUGACCAGCCCACUGUCCCAACAGUCACAGAUGCCACCCAAGAGAGAUGAGGCAGCACUGCAGGAGGAGGAGGAGCUGCAGCUGGCCAUUGCCCUUUCCCAAAGUGAGGCUGAGGAGAAGGAGCGGAUGAGGCAAAAGAACUCAUACUCAAUGUAUCCCAAAGCUGAUCCCACCCCAGUUACUUCCUCAGCACCACCAGUCAGCACUCUCUACACUUCCCCUGUGAACUCCUCUGCUCCAUCAGCUGAAGAUGUAGACCCUGAGCUGGCCCGUUACCUGAACAGAACAUACUGGGAGAAGAAACAGGAAGAGGCUCGCAAAAGUCCCACCCCCUCUGCGCCUGCCCCUGUGCCAUUGGCUGAGCCCCUUCCACCAAUCAGUCAGCCUGUAGAAAGCCAUGUUCCUGUCCAGCCAGUCAGCAUAGUGGAGCAGCAGUACCAGAAUGGGGAGUCAGAGGAGAACCAUGAGCAGUUUCUGAAGGCUCUGCAGAAUGCCGUCACCACCUUCCUUAACCGCAUGAAGAGCAACCACAUGCGUGGGCGCAGCAUCACCAAUGACAGUGCUGUGCUCUCCCUCUUCCAAUCCAUCAACAACAUGCAUCCACAGCUGCUGGACAUCCUCAACCAGCUAGAUGAGAAACGAUUGUACUAUGAGGGACUGCAGGACAAGUUGGCCCAGGUGCGUGAUGCUCGGGCAGCUCUCAAUGCCCUUCGUGAUGAACACAGAGAGAAGCUGCGUCGUGCCGCAGAGGAAGCAGAGAGGCAGAGGCAGAUCCAGCUGGCACAAAAACUGGAGAUCAUGAGGCAGAAAAAGCAGGAGUACCUGGAGAUGCAAAGACAGCUGGCCAUUCAGCGCCUCCAGGAGCAGGAGAAGGAGAGGCAGAUGCGCCUGGAGCAACAGAAGCACACAAUCCAGAUGAGAGCCCAGAUGCCUGCUUUCUCUCUGCCCUAUGCCCAGAUGCAGUCUUUGCCCCCCAACGUGGCAGGAGGGGUGGUGUACCAGCCUGGUGCUCCACCCAGCUACCCAGGCACCUUCAGCCCUGCUGGUUCUGUGGAGGGUUCACCUAUGCACAACAUCUAUAUGAACCAGCCUGGGCAGACUGCACCAGCACAGUACCAGGCCAUGCCUGGUGCUGCCACAGAUCCCAGUAUGGUUAAUGCGUACAUGUACCAGGCUGCAGGCACCAACGGGCAGCCUGCUCCUCCUCCCGGUCAAGCUCCACCCACUACUAGUCCACCCUACUCCAACUAUCAGCCCACACCCACACAGGGAUACCAGAAUGUGGUCUCACAGGCCCAGAGUAUGCCUCCCAUGUCCCAGGCUGCCCCAACUAAUGGUAUGGGUUACAUGGGCUACCAGCCAUACAGCAUGCAGAACAUGAUUUCAGCCUUGCCAGGACAGGACCCCAAUAUGCCCCCCCAACAACCGUACAUGCCAGGCCAGCAGCCCAUGUACCAGCAGAUGGCACCCCCUGGUGGCCCGCAGCAGCAGCAGCAGGCACAGCAGCAGACCCCUCAGGCCGUGCCAGGCAGCGCUGAAGCACAGCUCAUCUCCUUCGACUGAAGGCCCACACGCUGCAGGGUCUGACACACUACACCCCCUCUCCUCCUUUGGUCUCUCCCCUUGCAAUGUGAAAUAUUGUGAUGAUGUUGCAGAACUGUUGCUCUCCUUGCCUCUCCCCCACUGGAGAAUGGGAAUGUGAGGUGAAGCUGCAAGAGGGGGCACCAUAACCCAGACCCUUUCAUCCUCUUUCUCUCUCUUUCCAGCUGAUAUGUAUGUAGUAUUUCCUUAUUAAAUGAAUAACUGAAGCUCAAAAAUAGUCAGUGGUAGUUAAAAAUGAAUAAGAAAAUAUGAUAAUAAUUGAGGAGAAAAAAAAGACAUAACCAUCCCUUGUCUCAUAUUUUUCUAAAACAAAAUUUGCAUGUUAAAUUUUAAUUAUUUUCUGGAAUGGAAGUUAAUUAUUGCAGCCUAUCCUAACAGUUUGGGGAGUGAUUGAGAGACAUCUGUAUGUGCUGGUAUGAGAGGUUAUGGGUGUGUGGAUAAAGAGCGAUGUCUUGGGAGAGAAAGCACAGUCAAAGGCCUGAAAUACAUGGCACUAACUCAAAUCUCCAUCAGGUUCAUUCCAGUAGUAGUUUUCAGUCCCAUCCCUUCUCAUUCACACAGAUACACACAAACUAGGGUCAUCUUACCAUGUUCUGCCAUUAAUUUUUGUGCACUGCUUGGACUCUUGAGUGUCUUAAUGUAGUUUCUGAGAUGAUGAAACACAUUGUACAUUGUGGGAGGAGUACUAGAAAAUUAGCUGGGUGGUUGUUUAAUCUUCAUUAAAUACGCUUUCAUAGAUUAAAUCCUUAAAAUCACAAAACUAGAGAUCAUGAAACAUAUACUAAAGCAGUCCAGCAAUUCUAAAAGCAUCCUGCAUCCCUUUUUUUAAAAUGACUUGCCGAACAUUAAAUACCAUAAAGAACAUAAAGAAUCAAAGGAUGCCCCAGCCUUUGUGCAUGUGGUUGUAACUGUCACGGAUGAGGAUAUCUACAUAGUAAGUACAGGUGGUUCUUUUACAGGUUCUUUUCUUAAGUGUACUUGGCUCUCCAGAAACGUGGGAAUGCUUGCAGGGCAAACAUGAUGUACUGCAUGUAUGUAUCACACACCCAAUCAGUGAUUUCUGUAACCCUUCAGUUGCCAUCUGUGAACUUCUUUAUUCCAUCAUACUGAUCUGUCUGACUUUACAGUAAUUUUAAAAUUAUAUUUAAUAAAUAUCUGGUUCUUAUUGUC